AUGGAUUUAAUUUUCCUUGCAUUAAGUGUGUUGUUUAUAUCUAACGCCAAUGCUUACAAGAUUACUGGGCUGUGUCAUAAACCACAACUAAAUCCUCGUCCUAAAGAACAUGGUUACUGCACUCCAGAUGACAAACAUAUAUUUAAGAAAUAUGGUUAUAAAGAUGAUGGUAUACCAGCAGAUCUUUCUGGCUUUCAACCACAUUUACUACAUGAAUCUUCAAUUGUUCGAUAUUUUGAUGAACUUGGAAAAUGGAAAUUUCUAGCAAGUGGGUCAUACGCGGAUGUAUAUGAGGGCGAGAUGGCCGAAACCGGUGUUAAGAUCGUUAUUAAACAAUACGACGACUCUUCAGAGUUCCAAGACGUUAAUAUGGAAUGUAGAUUGUUAAUGUAUUUAUCUGAAACUGGACUUUUUCCCAAAUGUUAUGGAUUAUUGGUAUCAAGUAAUGAGCUCGCUAUAAUUUCCAUCAUAUUGGAGCAUGUGACUGGAACAGAAAACCUCCGGGAUGCUCUUCACAGGAAGGAUAUUUCCGUAUAUCAAUGGACGUUGAUACUAGAACAAGUAGCACGGUAUCUGAAGUUGCUGCAUUCUAAGUACGUUCUUCAUAAUGAUGUGAAUAGAGGUAAUAUUCUAAUUAAAUGGAACGGAUCAAAACCAAGAGUGCAUAUGAUAGAUCCUGGUAUGGCUACCUUUAGACACGGCAAAUAUUCCUCAAAACCAACCGAUGCUAAUAGAGUUUAUACAUUCUUUGACCCAACAUCAGAAUACUUUGAGAGUGACCCUGCUAAUGAAAUUCAUGGAUUUGGUUAUCUGUUGUUGAGAUUGAAUGAGAUGCACCCUAAUGAAGACUGGAAUAUAUUAAGACAAUGGUGCCGAAAACCCAACCGUGAUGACAGACCUACAACUGAUGAACUUAUUCACAGGCUUCAAAGUCUUCAAAUCAAAUACAGGAAACUUGAAAACGACUUGUAUUAUAAAAACACUUUUAAUGAGACGAAAGAAGUAAUUCGAAAACAAUUUAUGACCGUUCCAAUUCCCGUUAUAGAUGUAUUCAAACUGAAUCCGUUCCCGGAUGUUCACGGUAAUAUACGAUUUAUUUCAUAUUCCACAGAUCACAUGUCAUAUAAGGCUAAUUACAACGGUUCAUUGGUCAUGGUACAUUUGUUUGUUGGCAAAAAUAGUUUCAAAUCAUCUAGGAAUGAGGCUUUAAUCAAUAUGUUUGCAGAACCAUUUGGAUUGGUUCCUAAAUUUAUCGGCCUUUGUUUCUAUAAUAAUGAACUGGAUGAUGUAGUUUUAGUUCAAGAGUUCCUUCAAACUUUGACAACUUUAGAUAUAGCUAUCAGCAACCAUAGCGAUAAAUGGACCCUGAAAGAUCGUAGUUUAAUAGCUUGUGAAAUUUCCAAAUCUGUGUUAUUUUUUCACGAUAAUAAUAUCCUGAUAAAUGGUAUAAACCCUGGUAACAUUCUACUGAAGAUGGAUGGGGGUUAUCCUGUUAUAAAAUGGUCAGAUCUUGGAGAAUGGAGUGAUGGUGCUGGAUUCCGACUAAAGGACACGGGAAUAUGUAACAAGUAUAAUUUUGGUUUGACUCCAAAGAGAGUCAAUACUUGUGUUCCCGAUGAUAAGAAUGUAAACGUGUUUAAGAAAUAUGGUUAUAAAGAUGAUGGUAUACCAGCAGAUCUUUCUGGAUAUCAACCUUAUUUACUACACGAAUCUUCAGUAGUUCGAUAUUUUGAUUUACAUGGUGAAUGGGAAUAUUUGAGUAAUGGAACGUUUGCAAUGGUAUAUACGGGAGAAAUGCGAGUAUCCAAGGAAAAAGUAGUUAUCAAGCAAUUUACACUUCAAACAGAUAUUUGGGAAAUUGAACAGGAAUGUAAAAUAUUGAUGUAUUUAGCGGACACUGGUUUUUUCCCUAAAUUUUAUGGUUACAUGCCAUCCGGUCCUUCACUAUAUAAUCUAACUAUCAUACUUGAACAUCUUACUAAUACUGAGGGUAUCGCUGUAACCUCUGAACGACCAGAAGUGUCAAUGUACCAGUGGUGCCUGAUAUUUGAACAGUUUUUACGUGCUCUAAAAGUUAUGCAUAAAAAAUAUGUUUUACACAACGACUUACAUCGAGAAAAUAUAUUAAUUAAGUGGAAUGGUUCGGUACCGAAACUCUAUCUCAUAGAUACUGGCUUCUCAACGUUUCGAGAAGGUACCUAUCAGUAUAUGAGUAGUGCUACAUUAAACCGAUAUCCUUUCUUUCCACAAGAGUCAGUGAAUUUUGAAAGCAAUCCAUCGAUGGAUGUGUAUGGGUUCGGUUACGUCGUUAAUAAGGUCAAUAAUCAUGUACUUAGCGAAGAUUUAAAGAUCAUAGCUGAUUGGUGUGCACAAAAAUAUCCAGAAGACAGACCUACAACAGAUGAACUAUUAGAUCGAUUCAAAGCACUCAAAUUGAAAUAUAAAAAUGUGGGAAGUGGUUAUACAAAUAGCAUGAGUGGUGUUCUGCCUAAAAAUGCGCAUCAAUUGCCGUUCCUAACUAAACCCAUUCCAAUACUUCUAUUAGUAGAUAUAACACCAAUGCCUAGUAUAUCGGAUACAAGUGAAUGGUUAGCUAUAGAUGAACAACAUGGUUCUUAUAAAGGCGUGUACAGAAAUAAAUCAGUUGUUAUCCGAUUGUAUUCAAAUAGAAAAUUUGCUCAAAUACGUCACGAGGCUGCUAUUAAUUUGUUUUUUAAUUCUACGGGUUUAGUACCACUGUUUUACGGUAUGGUUUUCUAUGAUACCUCAAUGAGGGACACGGCGAUAGUUCAGGAAUACGUUGUAAACAGUACCUCAUUAGCAAAAGCUAUUGAGCGGAGCAAUUUAAAUUGGACGGAUGUUUACAGAAAGUGUAUAGCAUGUAAUAUAUUGAAAUCAAUAGAGAUAUUUCAUAAAGAGCAUAUACUAAUAAACAAUAUACAGUCUUCCAAUAUUUUAUAUAUUAAUAACGGAACUUCACCUUCCGUUAAAUUCAUUAAUUUACAUGACCAUAGUGACACUUCCGGUCUCCUUCGUGAUGAAGAUUCAGAAAUUCCAAUAUAUGCAGCACCAGAAACAGUCCAAAACACAUCCACAUCUUAUUUUUCUGAUAUUUAUAGUACAUGUUUCAUAUUUAAAGAAUUGUUUAAUCCAUCUGAAUGCACAAUUAUUAAUGAGGUUAUCAACUAUUGUUUGACUUCAAAACCGAAGUCGAGGCCGUCUGUAAAAACUCUCAUGGCUCUCCUGUGUCAUACAAGAGAUACAUAA